GAGGGAUCCGCGGGACCCAGGCCCUAGCGCGCGCCGUUCUCUGUGCGCUCACUGCACCGUCCCUCGUUGCCAUGGCGCCGCGCCUCCCGCCGCUGGGCGCGCCCCGGCUGAGGGCACAGAGCCUGGCCGCGGGCACGCGGGGCGGUCAGAGCAGAGCGAUGGGGGCGUCACGGGCCGGAACACGGACUUCGCCUCGAUCGCAGCAGCCUGAGUCCAGCGCGCGGCCGCGACGCGUUUUCCACAACACGCUGCUCUUCUACUGGAGGAAGCGGGAGCGCCGCCACGGACGACGCAAGCCGGGCUCGGGACGCGGAUCGAGGCCCAGCGACGCGGCCAGGACCCGGGCUGCUGGCCCUUCGCCCACGCCGACCCGGACCCAAGCCUCGGGCUCUGCAGCCUCUCGAGCGCGGUCCUCGGCCCACAGCCCUACCUCCCUGCCGGACCCCGCCCCGGCCCCGGGCCCCGCCCCCGCCCCCGCCCCCAGCUCCAGCCCCAGCCCCAGCCCCAGCUCGAGCCCGUCCUCCCAACCCGCGGCCGAACCCGAGCCUGUGCCCGCGGCGCGCGCGCCCGGGUCCUGUGGCCGCGCCCUGGCGGCGGCGCGCGCGCUGGCCUGGCGGCCGUCUUGGAGGCCCAUCUGGAGGCCGAGCUGGCCCGGCAGGCAUUGCGCGAGCAAUAUGGCGGCGCCCGGCGAGCGGGGGCGCUUCUACGGCGGGAACCUCUUCUCGUUUCUGCCCGGCGGCGCGCGCUCCGAGGUGAUGGACGACCUAGUGACGGACGCGCGCGGACGGGGCGCGGGGCGGAGAGAUGCCGCUGCCUCGGCCCCGACGCCAGCCCCGGCGCCGACCUCCGAUUCUCAGGUCACCGAGGAGGACACGUCCCGGAGGCGGCCCUGCCGGGCCUGCGUGGACUUCAAGACGUGGAUGCGGACGCAGCAGAAGCGGGACAGCAAGUUUAGGGAAGACUGCCCUCCCGAUCGCGAGGAACUGGGCCGCCACAGCUGGGCUGUCCUCCACACCCUGGCCGCCUACUACCCCGAUCUGCCGACCCCAGAACAGCAGCAAGACAUGGCUCAGUUCAUACAUUUAUUUUCCAAGUUUUACCCGUGUGAGGAGUGUGCCGAAGACAUAAGGAAGAGGAUAUGCAGGAACCAGCCAGACACGCGCACCCGGGCGUGCUUCACCCAGUGGCUGUGCCGCCUGCACAAUGAAGUGAACCGCAAGCUAGGCAAGCCGGACUUUGACUGCUCGCAAGUGGAUGAGCGCUGGCGUGACGGCUGGAAGGAUGGGUCCUGCGACUAGACGGUGGCCGGCAGAGCCGUGGGACAGCAGCCUGGGUCUGCUGGCAGCCUGGGUAGAGAGGGGCGGGGCACUCAUUAAAGUGCAUCGGAGCCACAGCCUGUCGUGUCUCAGUUGGGUGAUCCCCAGACACUGCUCUUGGGGCCCUUUCCCUCUUAGGUCUGGAGUACAAGUGGAGGUGCCUGCCGCAGACGCCCUGCUGGCUCCUCCUCGGCCGAGGCCCCGGGGGCUGCAGGUGAAGGAGGCAGGAGCAGUCCAGGCUGUGCCUUCCAUUCAGAAUGCAGCCUCCACGCCCUGGGGCCCACUUCCCUGCACGAGAAAGUGCAGGGCCUGCCUGGGCUCCCUGUCCUGCUCCUCGAGGCUGGGCCAUGGUCUCCCCACCAUGUAGCUAGAGACUGCUGCAGUGACCGCAGCUCCGUAGGCUGAGUGCUGUCAGUAAUUCGGGAAAAGAGGCCUGGGGGCUGAGGCGCCCCCGCCCCCCGCCCCCGCUCGGUCCCUACGGGGAGAGCACAGGCAGGCUUCUCUGAGGCUCCACCCGUGCUGCUGCCCGCCUCCUGUCCAGCACUUACCUGUACCAGGCCUGACGCAGGCGUGUGGGGCCAGCCUCAGCUUGAGACCAAAAUAAAAUGAUGGAGAGGUGA